CUUCUCGCGGGUUUCAGACCAAAAUCUCAAUCAUCAAGAAGAUAAGAAAACCGAGAAAAAAAAUCUUUCAAUAGAGAAAGAGGAUGGGACAGGAGGAGGAUACAUCAACAGUGUCUAGUGGAAGAGACGAAGAAGAAGAGGCAUGGAUUCUCAGGAAGCAAACCCUAAUCCUCCAAGUUUCAGAGAGUCUUAUCAACGGAGAUCUCCAAACCCAAAUUCAAGCUGCUAGAGAUAUCAGAAAGCUCGUCAGAAAAUCUUCCGCUAAGACUCGCUCCAAAUUCGCCGCCGCAGGUGUCAUUCAGCCUCUCGUUUUCAUGCUUCUCUCUUCUAACCUCGAUGCCCGCCAGGCCUCUCUUCUUGCUCUCCUCAAUCUCGCUGUCAGAAAUGAACGAAAUAAGGUCCAGAUCGUAACAGCUGGUGCCAUUCCCCCACUUGUGGAACUUCUUAAGUUCCAAAAUGGUAGUUUAAGGGAAUUAGCCGCUGCUGCAAUUUUAACACUCUCAGCUGCUGAACCUAAUAAGCCAAUCAUUGCAGCUUCAGGAGCUGCGCCUCUUCUGGUUCAGAUUCUGAACUCUGGGAGUGUACAAGGAAAAGUUGAUGCUGUGACAGCACUACACAACCUCUUAUCCUGCCCCAAGAAUUCUCAUCCAAUUGUGGAUGCUAAAGCAGUUUCACCUCUCAUUAAACUUCUCAAAGAAUGCAAGAAAUAUUCAAAAUUUGCUGAGAAAGCAACAGCUUUACUUGAAGUCAUUUCCAACUCUGAAGAAGGGCGAACUGCAAUCGCUAGCACAGAUGGUGGGAUUUUAACUCUAGUAGAGACAGUUGAAGAUGGAUCACUUGUUAGCAUGGAACAUGCAGUCAGGGCCUUGCUCUCUUUGUGCCAGAGCAAUCGAGAUAAGUACAGGGAACUUAUUCUUAAAGAAGGCGCAAUUCCAGGGCUUCUGCGACUAACUGUAGAGGGAACAUCUGAAGCUCAAGAAAGAGCUCGAAUGCUCUUAGACCUGCUCAGAGAUACCCCUCAGGAAAAUAAAUUAGCAUCCUCAGUAUUGAAGAGAAUUGUUUAUGACAUUGCUGCUCGAGUUGAUGGCUCUGAUAAAGCAGCUGAAACGGCCAAGAGGCUGCUGCAGGACAUGGUUCAAAGAAGUAUGGAGCAUAGCAUGGACCGAAUCCAGCGAAAUGCUGCAUCUUGUACUCCUUCUGAGAUUUCAUCCACACGGCGUAUCCUGUUGACUUGAGGAGAACAUUUUCGAGUAACGUGGGUUAGAGUUUUAAUGUUUGGCCGGUUAAAACUAUUGUACCCAUUUCAUUGUAAUCAAAUGAAGAUGAAUGAACAUACUAAUGUACUGAAGUAGAUUUCACUGGAGUCUACUUUCUUGAGGUGAUAUCUUAAUUGCGACCCUCAACAGUGUGCUGUACAUCCCUCCUGUAUAUAUGAGAAGUCUUUUUACUAGCAA